AUGCCCGCAUGUUCACUCAUAGAGGCCGACAACUACAAUGAGAAGGGCAGCAAAAUCUACCAGAACAUGCAGUCGAUCUUCCGGCAGACUAUUCGCAACGGCGGAUGGGGCGUCAAGUCGCCUAUGAAUUUUACAUCCGCUGAACUCCCUUGGGUGAAUACUUUUGAACAGGUUCCGGCUUGGAGUAUAUUGGGUCCUCUCACAACUAUUCGAAGAGGUAGAAUUCUGCAAGGACAUCCUACGCAUCUUGGUGCGAUCGUCCAGGCCACUUCUCCAGAAGAAUUUCUCAGUGCGAAUCCGGGUUUCAACUCCGUAGCCGAAUUGGAUCAUCUCUCGGGAAGCAUCACUGUGGACGGGUUUACGGUCAACAUUUAUUCCUUUGUAACGAAGUUGAUCGACCGCAUUACUGAUUUCGGCGGGGAGGUUCCUCUAGGACUGCGAAGUGCAGGGCAUACAACGCAACUCCCUGGGCGAGGUGACAAUGCUGAAAUCGCAACUGGGGCGUCUGGGAGCGGAUCACUUCGUCAUAUCAAUAUAACUGUGGCAAAGGAUGCGGAAGCCGGUGAAGACAUCCUCAUUUUUGGAGGUGGGUACGGUUAUGUUGGACAGGAUCACCCGCCACCACACUGUCCAGAACUAAAGGCCCUCUUCAAUGAGCUGGGAGAGGUGGCGCGCAUCUGUUUUACGCGGGGAUAUGUAGUGGUAAAGGAACGUGGGAUCAUGUACCCAGGUGGAAACUGCAAGUUUUGCGUCCGCUCUUUUACGCCUACGGGCCUCGGACUGUUCGAGAAGAUCCUUGCUGCAAGUGGAGGCCAUCUGAUCAUUACCGGCGGUAGCAACAUUGGCGGUUUUGCGCAGGCACCAGCCGUAACGCAUGCAGUAUAG